AUGCUCUUGAACGUGGUCUACGACUGCAAGGAUUUUUGCAGCGUCAAUGUUGACGAUCGUGGAACAGUAGAGGAUUUGAAGUGCGCCAUUUUGCAAGCACAAAACGUGUCGAUCGAGGAGCAGACACUCACUUUUGGCGGAACCACUCUCGAAAACGAACGCUGUCUCAGCGAGUAUGGUCUUGGCAGCUGCUGUACGGUAAACCUCACACUGCCCAUCACCUUUCACCCCAAGAUCCAGAUUUACGUAAAGACACCAUGCAACGAGUGCUUCCCCCUGAUAGUCACCACGCAGGACACGGUGUGUGAGGUGAAACAGCAAUUCUCCUGCUGCUGUCCAGUUAAGUACAACGCGCCUGAGUUUGUGUUUGAAUCAUGGCUCAUGGAGGACGAGCGCCAGCUCUGCGGUUACGGUGUUGAGGAAGGCUCCAUGCUGAACCUCGUGGAUCGCCUACCUCCAGGCGCCGGCAUGCCACCAAUUAAGGUGUAUAUAAAGUCACCCAGCGAUCAGGUGAACGAAUUCGAGUUUCCCCAAACCAUGACAGUGAGGAUGGUGAAAGAGGCGGUCUCUAAGUGCCUCUGCCUCCGUCCGGGCUCAUUCAGCCUCGUCUACAAGGGAUGCCCACUGGCCGAGAAUGCUACCCUCUACGAGUCCUGCAUUAAUCACGGCGCUGUCAUUUGCGUUGUCAAGUCUAACCGUUGCUAA